AUAACGCCGCAACUAUGUGAAAUAAAGUGCGACUUUGUGAAAUAAAGAAACGCGUAAAUGUAGUUAACUAUCAGUACUACUUAGUUACACGUAGUCAGCACCAGUUGUCUACACGUAGUUAUCCAUUAGUAGCAGUUGGCUCAUUGGGAACACGCAGCCCAGGAAAGAUAAACGUUGUUCACCUUGGCUUUUGCCCACCGCUCGGAGCAGAGGCAGUCAUGUGAAGCCGGGUCACAAAAUACCAGGAAAAAAACAAGAAAAAAAGACAUUUUGUUUCAUUUAUUUCUCGGAUUUCUAAAAGCCGGAAGGGAGAAAAUGAGCGGCCAUAAAAUGCUGUUUUCCGGGCUGAAGCUGUGGACUUCGGGAAGAAGUCGACGGAUGAGCCGACUUCCUGACGGUUGCAGCCUCAAGGUGUGCAUCGUGGGAGGCGGUCCAGCAGGUUUCUACACGGCGCAGCAGUUGCUCAAGGCCCGUCAAGAUGUCGAGGUGGACAUCUACGAGCGGCUGCCCGUCCCCUUCGGCCUGGUCCGGUUCGGGGUGGCCCCUGAUCACCCUGAAGUCAAGAACGUCAUCAACACGUUCACGCAGACAGCCAGGCAGCCGCGCUGUAGUUUCUACGGCAACGUGGACGUGGGGAGGGACGUGAGCGUCGAGGAGCUGCGGCGAGCCUACCAUGCGGUCGUACUGAGUUACGGGGCCGAGGGAAACAGGACGAUGGGGGUGCCGGGGGAAGACUUGGCCGGGGUGCACGUCGCCAAAGACUUUGUGGGCUGGUACAACGGGCUGCCCGGCUGUCGGCAGCUGCGACCGGACCUGAGCCGCGACACGGCGGUGAUCCUGGGACAAGGCAACGUGGCGUUGGAUGUGGCGAGAGUCCUGCUGUCCCCCCUCGACUUCCUGAAGAAGACUGACAUCACGCAGCCGGCACUGGAGGCGCUGGCGGAGAGCCGGGUCCGCAGGGUGCUGAUCGUUGGCCGGAGAGGACCGGCGCAGGUCGCAUGCACCGUCAAGGAGGUCAGAGAGAUGGUGAACCUGCCCGACACCAGACCGGAGAUGGUGGGGGCCGAUUUUGAAGGCAUCGCUGAGGCUCUCAAAACUUUGCCGAGGCCCAGGAAGCGGCUGACGGAGCUGAUGUUGAAGACGGCCCUGGAGGUGCCGGGGGAGAAGGAGCAGCGCAGGCGGAGCGAGGCCUCCCGCGCCUGGGGCUUCCGGUUCUUCCGGAGUCCCGUCGAAAUCCUGGCUGACCCUGAAGGCAGCAGCACAGCCGGCAUCCGACUGGCGGUCAACAGGCUGGAGGGCUCCGGCGAAGGAGCCCGAGCGGUGCUCACGGGGGAGGUGGAGGAUGUGACCUGUGGCCUGGUCAUCAGCAGCAUCGGCUACAAGAGCCUCCCCAUCGACCCGUCGCUGCCGUUUGACUUCCGCAAAGCCGUCGUCCCGAACACCGUGGGCCGCGUCCAGGGAGCCGCAGGUCUGUAUUGCAGCGGCUGGCUGAAGACGGGCCCCGCCGGGGUGAUCGCCACCACCAUGAACAGUAGCUUUGACACCGCCCGGUCCUUGGUGGAGGACGUGGACUCGGGAACGUUGGACGUUUCCGCCGCGAAGCACGGCUCGCAAAGCGUAGGCGCCCUGCUGGAAACGAGAGGAGUGAAACCAGUGACUUUCUCGGACUGGGAGAAGAUCGACAGUGUGGAGGUGAGCAGGGGGGAAGCAGUCGGGAAACCCCGAGAAAAACUGCUGACUGUGGAGGAAAUGCUGCAGGUGGCUCGAAGUUAACUGAACACAAUACUGAGCAUAUCGCCGGGGCUCAGUGACGGACCACGAUGGACACAGACAGGAAGUGGCAUCAUGACGCAGUCAACAUGGACAUAAUUGAUUUUGUACACUUUAAAAGUGGUCGGGUGCUGUAGUUCACACCAACUGUGUCGAUAUAAGGCACUCAGACUGAGCUGUGGCUUCUUGUGGCACUGUUCUAAAACGAAUAGCGCCCUCUAGUGGAUGCUCUUGAUAAUGAACUGUGCCUUGUAUUAUUCUGUAUGUACGUUAAAGAUUAAAAUGUAUGUGGUGGCUGAAAUGUUUUGCACUCACAUUUAAUAUACGGAUAUUUGAAUAUCUUUUCUACGAAAUAAAAUGUUAUUUGUAUCUA